UGUCAAUAACAUGUCAAUUUAAUUUUCUUAAUUGACUGCCGGCGUCGUGAAUUUAUAAAUUUUUAAAAGUUAAAUAAAGAUGGAAAAUACUAAAAAAAACUAAAGCUACUUGGGUACCAGCAGCGGAUGACGCCUUUGUUGAUUUGUGGGAGGAAAAAGCAAGCGAACUGCGCGGUCUGCGAAAGAAUUCGCACAUAUAUGCGGAAAUGGCGCAGUCGCUGGCAGCUUUCGCGGCCGGAGUCCGCCCAAUUGAUGUUAAAUAUAAAAUUCAUAACUUUACUAUGAAAUAUAGAAAAUGCAAAGCAGGCCAAGGAACCGGGUGCUCUCCUGCUACAUGGAAGCAUUAUGAAAGGGUACACCGCAUAAUUGGUAACGACCGAAUAAAUAAUGUUGAUGCUGUCGUGGUGGAUAGUAUAACAGCUAUGCCGCCUACGUCGCCAAUUUCGCCGUCCCCUACAUUUUCGGCACCAUCGUCUCCAGCCCUCAGCGAAGUCUCCACACCUGCAACAAAAACAAAAAAUCAGAAAAUAAGCGAGUUGAACGAAACCAUUAAAACAGCCAUGGCAAAAAACAAUAAAUUAACUGCAGAGCUGAUUGAAAUUGAAAAGAAGAAGGUGGCUGCAAUCGAGAUAUUGUCCCAAAGCGUCGUUAGCUUCUUGGAGCGAAACUAAUUCCAAAUCGCUGUGCACUCAGUGUCUUCAUAUGUAUCAAGGUGUAUUUAACAAGGUGGUGUUGGGGCGACAGCUGAAUUUUUCGCUUUGAAAAGCAAUACAUACGUCAUAAUGAUGGGUUUUUUGUAAUUCAUACCAAUGGCAGUAUGAAUAUCUGCGUAUAAUUUGUUAGUGUAAUUUUUUAAUUAUAUACGGCUAACACCAGCUUGUUAAAUACG